UUACUCGACUUGAUGAUGCAAAUGUAUAAAAGCGUCGAGUAAGAUUUCGAAAUCAUCACAACGUUUUGAAAUUCUCUGUGGAGUGUUCACCUGGUCAAGGGAUACGGCCCUGACAAAGAGAAGAUACAAGUGCAAAAAGUUGCCCGUGCAUUUACAGUUCACAAGAGUUUUAGUGCCGAUUUUAUUGGACCCAAAAAUUUAGUGCCUUUCCAAGAAUGGUGUCCCUGCGGUUAGUGUUUGCGGCCAGUGUGGUGUCUUCAGUGAUUGCUGCACCGAGCAAUGAUGGCAGAUGGAGUCCUGAACAAUAUGACGAUGGAAAAUACCGAAGACCUCGGGACGAGGGUCGCUACAUCCACAUUCCGAACCCGUACAUCCACAUCGACAACCCGUACGACGGAGGGUAUGGACCUUACAGCCACCUCUACGACCCAUACAAUGGGGCAGAGUCCAGGGACCAAUACCGACUGGUCAUGGUGCCUCCCAAUGACGACAACCCUUACUACAAGGAGGGCUACUACAGGAACAACGGCAUCAAGAUCAUCAAGCAGAGGCAUAACUACGAGGAAGAUAAAUACGACUUUGAUUUCGAAACCGAAAACAAAAUUCGUGCUGAAGAAAGAGCUGUACUGAAAAACCCGAACACUGCUGACGAAGGCAUCGCUUCUUCAGGAUUCUACGAGUACAUAGGCCCUGAUGGUUUCAUGUACCGCGUGGACUACACCGCCGAUGAAAAUGGAUUCCGACCGAAACUCAAACGACUAGAAACACCAUAUUCCGGCAAGUGGGUGCUGGAAAAGGUUAACUAAGUCAUUGCAUACCUCGAUAUCCUAAACGAUGCAGCUCUUCUGUUUAAUUAAUAAGGACUACAUUUCAACUGCAUUGUUUUGAUGUGACUGUUCAUAUCACGCCUGUCGAAUUAUUUAGCCAUCUGCCUUUUCCUGAUCGAAAUAUUGUUCACGGAUUUGACAUUUGCAUUCUGUAUCGCCCGACAUUCGAUUGUUCUAAUCAUUUGCGGAUGAGUUAUUAGGUUGGGCCUCAUUUAGUUGUGUAUAAAUUUACUGUAGAUCCGGUAAAGUUAUUUAUUAUGACGGUAUCGUUUUGUUCUCAGAUAUCAUUUUCUCAAUAUGUGGAACUGAAUGUUAAGUUAGAGUAAAAUAAUUAAUCUAAGAAGUAAAUAUAAACAAGGAAAAAGUCAUGUGUCAACUUUCGUAUGAAGGUCUCUCGUUACAAAUAUUAAUUUAAGUAGCAUAAUAUUAUCUAAAGCACUAUACUAAAGUUGUCAUUUAAUAAUGAAUGGUCGCCCCGCUUAAAACAAUUCGCAUUGCGACGCUCUGUAUACCUACCUAGAUGAUUUUAUUAAAUUAUAAUAUACUUGUAAGUUUGUAGGAAGUUAAUUUGUUACUUAGGUAAUUAUUUAUGAAAUGUGAUAAUAAAUGAAUAUUUAAACCCUA